GUACGGUUACGAGUAUCUGGGCAAUACGCCACGUCUGGUCAUCACACCCCUGACAGAUCGUUGUUAUCGGACCCUAUUUGGAGCGCUGCAUCUGCAUCUGGGUGGCGCUCCGGAGGGUCCCGCCGGAACAGGCAAGACCGAGACAACCAAGGAUUUGGCAAAGGCAGUGGCCAAACAGUGUGUUGUCUUCAACUGUUCAGACGGCCUCGAUUACAUUGCCCUGGGAAAGUUCUUUAAGGUAACUUGCAGUUUGGUUUUUUUCAAUCUGUCGCAUUCUAUAACGCUUGUGAGGGGAGGCUAA